AUCUGAUCUACUGUGGGCGGAAACUGCGGGAUGAACAAACGCUCGAGUUCUACGGGAUUCAGUCCGGCUCCACCAUCCACGUCCUCCGAAAAUCUUGGCCUGAGCCCGAGCAAAAACCCGAACCAGUGGACAAAAUGGCCGCCGUGCGCGAGUUCCGCGUCUUACACACGGCUUUGCACAGCAGCCCCGUCUUCAGAGAUUCGGUCUUCAAGAUGUUAGGGAAUAAGGAAUCCCUGGAUCAGAUCAUUGUCGCCACCCCCGGCCUCAGCAGUGAUCCCAUCGCUUUGGGGGUCCUGCAGGAUAAAGACCUCUUCUCUGUUUUUGCUGACCCAGCCAUGCUGGACACACUCAUCCCAAGCCACCCCGCGUUGGUGAAUGCCAUCGUCCUGGUCCUCCACUCUGUGGCAGGCAGCGCCCCACUGCCCACCGCGGAGACCUCCUCGCGCAGCAGCAUGCCUUCCAGCUCGUACCGCGACAUGCCGGGAGGAUUCCUUUUCGAAGGCCUCUCUGAUGAUGAAGAUGACUUCCAUCAGGGCCAUUCUUCCGGCACAUCUCCCAUGUCUUCUAGCGUGCAGUCGGGAACACCCAUCACCAAUGACCUCUUCAGCCAGGCCUUACAGCAUGCCCUCCAGGCAUCAGGACAACCUAACCUUCAGAGCCAGUGGCAGCCCCAGCUGCAGCAGCUGCGAGACAUGGGCAUCCAUGAUGAUGAAUUGAGCCUUCGUGCCCUGCAGGCCACCGGGGGGGACAUCCAGGCCGCCCUGGAGCUCAUCUUUGCAGGGGGAGCCCCUUAACCAUCCCCAAGGCCUCCUCCUCCUCCUCCCCCCCAUCCCGCAGGAGGCGAUGGGUGUGUGCAUUGGACCUUCGCCCCACCAAGCUAGCCCUCCGACGCACACCGACUUCCCGUUCCCUGGCGUGCUCUUCCUCCCUCACAUGGUCCAGAGCCCAGAAUGUCGUGUCCAUCUCCUUUCCCUGGUCUCCGGACGACGUCCGUGGGAACGGGGAGCUGCAAACAUCCGCCUGCAGUUUAGCAGAAGGGCUGCCUUAAGGCCAAGGACGUUCCAGGAUCCGAGUUUUUGUCGGCUGCUCCAGAAAUAACCCCAUUUUGCCGCAGCCCCCGAAACAGCUUCCUUAAUAAUGUCAGAAAUAUGUUUAUUUUUUCUCCUCUUCCUUGUGGUGGUUUUACUCCUGCCCUGGCCGAGAUCCCGUGUGGUUUUUGCUGGACUUUUAAAAUUGUCUCAUUAAAAUCCAGAUCAAUCCCGUGCUUGUUUC